CAAAACAAUGUCAAAUGACUAACGUGGACCGUGCGUGUGGCGGUGUCGUCCUUGAUUGGUUGGGCAUGUGUUCCUUCCUCCAUGGUUUAAGUUAAAAGAACGAGUUAAGCUUAAUUUCCCGCUCACAACAAUGUCAGGUUUACAAGCACUUCAGGACUACGCCAGCAGCUCUUCAGAUGACAAUGAGGAAGAUUUUACUCAAAAUCCAGCACAUAAAACGAAUGGAAAACGACAGCAAAACGCACUCCUCCCAUCACUGCCGCCAGAAAUACUUGGUAUGUUUGGAGAGCCUUCUAAGAGUCAUUCAUCUUCAGGACAGCAAGAUUCCAGUAGUCAUCACGAAGGACGAGUUCGAUCAUUUGAGCAUGUUGCUGGUAACUGGGCAACUUAUGUGUAUAUUCCAGUGGACAUAACAGAGCAGCUGAAGACAGUAAUGGAAGAUCUUCUUGGUGCCCUGCCCUCUACUGUUGACAUGAAGCCAGUCGCUGACCUCCACAUUAGCAUUUCUAGGACCGUGACCUUACAGUAUCAGUGGAUUGACCCAUUUGUAGACUCUUUGCUCCAACGACUUACUUCAGUGGAAGGGUUCACUUACUGUUUCCAAGACCUGGAAUUCUACAUCAAUGAUGAGAAGACUAGGUCGUUUGUUGGACUGAAGGUUGGAUACGGACAUCCAGAAAUGCUCCAGUUGGUUGAAGUCAUCAAUGUCUGCCUUAAGGAGUUUUCUCUACCUGUCUUUUACAAGGACCCUUCCUUCCAUGUCAGUUUUGGUUGGUGUCUUGGUGAUUACAGCAAGGUUUUAAGUGCCACUACUCUCUCCUCGAUCCAGGAAAGGUUUCUCAGACUUUGUGAGAACGGCUUUCUUCCAGUCACAGUCUCUGAAGUCUGGUGUAAAGCAGGUUGUAAGCAGUUCAGAAUACCACUGGCAAGGUGACAUUGUGGUAAGCUUUAUGAAUAGUCAAACUUUUCAUGCAAAUUCAUGCAAAGUGGGUCAUACCUGUACCAACAGAUAGGAUACCUCUUGCUAGGUGACAUCACCUUGAGGAAUAUUCAAAGUUUAUGUAAAUUAAUACGCAAUGGCUAGUAAAGGAGGAGCAAGGAGUUCUGGAGAUCAGUGGUUAUAUGACACCCUAAGGUUCAUGAAUUAUUCAUAUUCUUAUGUCAAGCGGGGCGUUCAAAACAUUCUUCCGGCUGUUUGGUUACCACAAAGCGACACCAAGGCAUUGUUCUUGAAUAUUCUUAUGUGCAUGGGUCAUCUCAUGUUUUACUAGCUGCAGUUAAAGCAGUAGGGAAUACCGGGAACCAGUACCAAGAUGACAAAAAUGUUGCCAGUCUCAUGAAUAUUGAUAUUUUGCAAAUUGUUUGAGGAAGUUGUUUAUUGGUUGUCUUGCUUUUACCUGAUAGCAGACGUUAAGAACACAGAGUCCACAAGGAUUGUGAUAUUGUAGGUAAAUAAUAUUGAAAACAAUUUAUCUUAGAAGAUUUUCAGUCAUUGAAAGAUAUUAAUCACUUUACUCAUUGCAUCAUCUUUCCAUAAUUAAAUGCAUAAUUUUGAUAGAAUGUAAAGUCAAAUGUAGUUGUUACUAUUUUUCCUAUAAACAUAUCCUGUUAUGAAUAAAAAAUGAAAUUAAUCAGUUGCUUCUGGCCAGAUUUCCAAAGUUAACAUAAAAAUUCCUUUGUGUUAUGAGGGACUGAAUUUACAAAGCUCUUUAGUUGAGAGGCUAGUCCACAACCAAGUUUGAUAAUGCAUAGCUUUUGAAUAUUUUAGCUACUAAAACAUUAAGGGGUCAAAGUGCAGGGAAUGUUUGAAUUUUAUCUUCAAACACUACUGGGAUUUCUUGAAAAACAAAAGUACACCAUGACAAAACUUUAACCCACUACUUGUGCAUCUGUGUUAAUAAAGUAAAAACAU